GAUGCGCAUCCGGGUCGCGCUAACGCCGCGGUUUCCGCCACUCUGUUGGCUCCAGAGUGGGUCCGGAGUGGUCCCAUGUCGUGCCGGGCAGUGUCUGCAGCCGCCUGUUUGUGAAGACCGCAGAGACCUGCAAUUCAGUCCCAUAAGUGUGUAAAGAAGUAGUGGUCCUCAUGGAAGAAGAACAAGACCUACCAGAGCAACCGGUGAAAAAAGCCAAGAUGCAGGAACCAAGAGAACAGACUUUAAGUCAAGUAAACAACCCAGAUGCCAGUGAUCAGAAGCCGGAGACAUCCAGCCUUGCGUCAAAUCUCAGCAUGUCAGAGGAAAUUAUGACAUGCACCGAUUACAUCCCUCGCUCAUCCAAUGAUUAUACCUCACAAAUGUAUUCUGCAAAACCUUACGCACACAUCCUCUCAGUUCCUGUUUCGGAAACCACUUAUCCUGGGCAGACUCAGUACCAGACACUGCAGCAAUCUCAACCCUACGCUGUCUACCCUCAGGCAACCCAAACUUACGGACUACCUCCUUUCGGUGCACUGUGGCCAGGUAUGAAACCUGAAAGUGGUUUAAUUCAGACUCCAUCUCCAAGUCAACACAGUGUUCUUACCUGCACUACAGGGUUAACCACAAGCCAGCCAAGCUCAGCACAUUAUUCUUAUCCCAUUCAAGCUUCAAGCACAAAUGCCAGCCUGAUACCCACUUCAUCUGCAAUUGCCAAUAUUCCAGCAGCAGCCGUGGCCAGCAUCUCAAACCAGGAUUAUCCCACCUAUACUAUUCUUGGACAGAAUCAGUACCAGGCCUGCUACCCCAGUUCCAGCUUUGGAGUCACAGGUCAGACUAACAGUGAUGCUGAGAACACAGCAUUAGCAGCUACAACAUACCAGACGGAGAAGCCUAGUGCUAUGGUGCCUACACCAGCCACACAGAGGCUUCCUUCUGACUCUUCUGCAAGCCCACCUUUGUCCCAGACUACACCAAAUAAAGAUGCUGAUGAUCCGGCCAGGAAAAACAUGACUGUCAAGAACCGAGGCAAGAGGAAAGCUGAUGCCAGCUCUUCCCAGGACAGUGAAUUAGAACGGGUAUUUCUCUGGGACUUGGAUGAAACCAUCAUCAUAUUUCAUUCCCUUCUUACUGGAUCCUAUGCUCAGAAGUAUGGAAAGGACCCAACAGUAGUAAUUGGCUCAGGUUUAACCAUGGAAGAAAUGAUUUUUGAAGUGGCUGAUACACAUCUAUUUUUCAAUGACUUAGAGGAGUGUGACCAGGUGCAUGUGGAAGAUGUGGCUUCUGAUGACAAUGGCCAGGAUUUGAGCAACUACAGUUUCUCCACAGAUGGUUUCAGUGGUUCAGGAGGCAGUGGUAGCCAUGGUUCAUCUGUGGGUGUUCAGGGAGGUGUGGACUGGAUGAGGAAACUGGCCUUUCGCUACCGGAAAGUGAGGGAAAUCUACGACAAGCAUAAAAGCAAUGUGGGUGGCCUCCUCAGCCCCCAGAGGGAGGAAGCACUGCAGAGACUCAGAGCAGAGAUCGAGGUGCUGACGGACUCCUGGUUAGGAACUGCACUCAAGUCCUUGCUUCUCAUCCAGUCUCGAAAGAAUUGUGUGAAUGUUCUAAUCACUACCACCCAGUUGGUUCCAGCCCUGGCCAAGGUUCUUCUGUAUGGACUAGGAGAAAUAUUUCCUAUUGAAAACAUCUACAGUGCUACCAAAAUCGGGAAGGAGAGCUGCUUUGAGAGAAUUGUUUCAAGGUUUGGAAAAAAAGUCACAUAUGUAGUGAUUGGAGAUGGACGAGAUGAAGAAAUUGCAGCCAAGCAGCACAACAUGCCCUUCUGGAGGAUCACAAACCACGGGGAUCUGGUGUCCCUGCACCAGGCUUUAGAGCUUGACUUCCUCUAAGAACUGGAAUGUGGAACCUUCUUUCCUUGUGAGCUUCUUUUUACCUCCGACAGGAGCCAGAAGCCAGACCCCUUCUCUCCUGUCUGUCUCUCCGUGUCUCAGCACCCCCUCCCCUUCUCUUCUGCUCUUCUUCCCUCCAUGGAAUGCUGGCGAGAACACAAUCAGAACCAACAACUGCAGUGAUUCUGAGUGAGCUGCAGCCCACGUCCACUGUACAGCAGGAGGUGGCUGGAUAGAGCUGCAGACCGGCUGCAGCUACCGUGCUUUAAUUUUUCUGUUUGAAUUGAAAAAGGAAGAACAGGAAAAGCCGAUGCUCGGGGCACAAUUGUACUCUUGCUACAUGACGGACUGGGAGCUGCUCCUGAUCGUGUGGAUGGAAAAUGUGUACCCUUGGGAUCGUCUUCUGUUCUCUUAGCUAUAGAACGUCUCUCCCAGUGAAUGGGUAUGUUAUUUUUAUAGGUGAGAGUCUGGCCUCUAAAGCAGCCUCCCCACUUUUCUAUGAAGAAAGCAGUGUGUAAAGUUUCCGUGACAGUAGUAAUGGAAAUAUCUAAAAUACCUCUGUGACAGGACCUCUUUUCUGGACAGGACAGAGCCUCUGUCGGGAGAGCUCUGCUCUCAGGGGAGGCUCCUUGCCAUCUACAGGGCCCUGGUCACUUACUUUAGACUGUGGCAUCUCCCAUCUUGUAAGCCUUGGUCUCCUUGGCAGUCUUUCUUCAUCUGUAACCAAAUGGCACAACCUGGAAACUCCUUCCCACAGACAAUAAAUCUAAGCCUUUAGCUUGUCAUUCAGAAGCUCUGUCCCAGGAAGCUCAGCCUCCAAACUGGAGAGAAGGGGCUCCUGAGGUAAGGUUUCACCUCGUGCUCCUACAGAGCAGUACCUGUUCUCAGCAGAUGCUUCCUCCGUGGUUGGCUCCGUCGUCAGAUGCUGGCCUCACGCCCUGUCCUCACAGGUACCUGUCUCUGUGCAGCUCUGGCCAGCCCCUACCGACUCAGUGCAAGUCAGAAAGGCCAAGGGCAGGCUCUAGCUAUGUCCUUCACCUGCACUUACAUCCGAUGAUCCCACCUUGUAUUUACACAGAUCUGUGCCUAGGAAUGGAGAGCAGAGAGCUAGAGUCAAAACCCAGUUUCCCAUGAAAUAUCUCACUGCUCAGAGUCCAUGCUGAAGUGGGAAACCAGGCCAGAAAGACUAAGUGCUUAAAAAUACAACCCUGAGCUAGGUGCAAGAGCACCUCUCAAGGCUGCCCCAGACAGUUAGGAGGGGAACUGGGCCUUAGUGCCAGCCCACAAGCCCAGCUGUGUUUUGGGUUUAUUUUGGUUUAUGUUUGGGUUUUUUGUUUGUUUUGUUUUUUAUGGCACUAUCCCUUCAGGACCAAUGUCGGUGCCUGUUUAAUUGAGUUAAACGUCCCUAGAGUUGAGGAAAUGAGCAGCCUUGGUCUUCAGGAGGUCCUUGACCAACCCUUAGCUACAGUCACUGUCCACAGAGAUACCACAGCCCAGAGGCAAAAUUCGUCUUCAUGCUAAGCUACCAGGUAACGACAGAAAGGCUGACACCAUCUUCAGAACUGUCGGACACUUCUGAGUACUUCUGAGACCAGCAGUUGAGGAAGGGGCUCAGACAGGAGGCGAGGUUGGUGUCUUGGCCAUUCAUUUAGCUUUGUUUUGAGGUAUGGGGUGGAAGCACGGAGCUAGAGUCUAAGCCAGACCCUCCUAGGCUACAUUUCGCACUGCACGCUACCCUAGUCCUGGCCAGCCCUGCCUUGUGGUCCACACAGAAAACUCCAGGAUGACUUUUACUUUCCAGUCUCAAUCCUUCCCUCAGUAACAGUGUAGUUUCCUGUGCUGGACAAGGCCACCUAUUAGUCCUGUGUUUCAGGCUCACCAGACUGCCAAGUGGUGACACACCCCUCUGCACACAGGUACCACCACAAACACACUUCAGGGGAGACUCUCUCUUCCUCAUGCCCUGACUGGAGAGGCAAGGAGGUGUGCUAAGCUGAGUGGCUGCUGCUCCCGAAGCAGCUACCCCGUCAGGGCAGGAGGGAGGAGUGCAUUGGUGGCUCCAGGGGCUGCUGCCUUUGUGCCAACUCUCUCUCCCUCCCACAGAGGCUUAGGAAGGAGAAUGAGCAGGCAGCAUUAAGAGCUGCUAGUAAUAGAAAGACUGCUUGGUGGUAAUAGCACCCGCAGCUUGUGCAGAGGCCCAAGGUUUGAGCACCCACAAGGCUAGGCACAACCUCUAGCCGCAGCUCCAGGGGGUUCGUUGCCCUCUUCUGGCCUCUUCAGGCACCAAGCACUUAUAUACAUGUAAGAAAACACUCGUAAGUAUAAAGUAAAAUUCCUUUUAAUAUUAAAAGCUGUUGGAAGUUAGACUUGAAGGAGACUGGGGCCUUCCAUCAUCAGAAGGCAUUCCUUACUGAAGAAACACCUUGAAGAAAUUAGCCGGUGAAUCCUUCCCCUGCUGGGUCCUGUGUUCUGGAAGAUUAGUCUGGACAUCUCAUGGUGACAGCUAGUUCUAGGAGUAUCUGUGGAGUUGCAGGAAUGUCCUGGGAUACAAGGUGGCUUGACUUUAGAAUGUAAAAGUGAUUGUGCCUUAGCAUCACCCUGUCCAGUGCCCCUGGGGCAGCAGGUGAUGUCCAAGAGAGUGGAUACCUGCCCCACAUUUUAGGUGCCUACUUGGGCUUUUGAUUUGGGGGUGUUCUCUGCUAGUUGGGUGUCAGAGCUAGUGUCCCAAGAGACUUGGCACAGCUUGUCCGUGUUCACCCAAGCUCAACUUCACAGCUCCAAGUAGAAUCUGAUUGGCAAGCUGCAGCAGCAAACUCAUGGCGCUUCCAUAGACAGUGCUUUGAAUGGGAGUCACACAACUGACAGGCGCACCGGGCAGAGCUCGGUGCUGUCCUGGAAGAGUGCAGGCUAGCCUCCAAGUGCCAAGCUCCGGCCUUGGUCCUCUCUCUCCCCAGGGUGUGGCUGAGGCCCUGAGUGUGCUCCUGGCUGCUCACUGUGAAGCAGCUACAACUACCCAGACACAUCCAUUGUAGAUGCUGAGUUGGCAUUCUGAGCUUCCCAAACAUCUUAACCACAGAGGGAGAAGCCUGCUGUGUCCCAGCCUCAUCUGUGGGCCGCUUGCCCUCCCUCUACCCUGAGUCAAUUCUAGUGAGCAUGGCUCCCUGGCUGCCGCCUCACACUGAGCAGAACCAUCCCAGUUACGGACCAUUUCUACUUGGAUCUCCACUCUCUCUGGACUCCAGAUGCCUCUUUAGCGGGAAAAGGCAUCAGUUGGGUGGGAUAUAUAUAUUUAUGUGACUGAGGGCAUUUGUGGCUAUAGAGUCCUUGACCAUAAUGUUAUAUGUAAUGGGAACUAUCUUAUAAACUUGAAAAAAUAAAGUUUUUAUUUUCUAUACA